UUGCCUUCACUGCUUGACAUCGGUUGUAGACAGAUAGUUACUACUAUAACAGUCUAUAAGUAUAAUUCAUAAACAUUUUGUUCUGUAAACAGCACAUGUAAAUAAAUAAUUUUAAUGUAAAAACCCUUUACAAGGCCGGUGAACCAGUAGGUAGGUACCUGACUACCUGAUUUGCUGUCUUCUUGCCUGGACAAGUGGACUAAGGUUGUUUUCAACCAAUCACAUUCCAGCCUGAAUCCUGGAGUUGAAGCCAAUUCUUGUAACUUGGAGGUGUGACUUGAACUGGUGCUGCCAUGUCUAGACGAAAAGGGCUUAGCUUGGAAGAGAAGCGCUCUAAAAUGCUUGAGCUUUUCUAUGAGAAGAAAGAUUUUUUCAUGAUGAAAGAGCUUGAAAAAAUAGCACCUAAAGAGAAAGGAAUUAUAGCACAGUCUGUAAAAGAUGUUGUCCAAUCAUUGGUGGAUGACAACAUGGUUGACACUGAGAAAAUAGGAACUUGUGUUUAUUUCUGGGCAUUCCCCAGUAAAGCUUCUAUUCAGUUGAAUAAGCGUGUGUCUAAACUUGAAGAGGAACUCAAAACUGCACAAGAGAAACUAAUUGAUUUGAAGGCAAAAACUGAAGUAGCUACUCUUCAAAGAUCAGAAAACGAUGAACGCUGUGAAGCUUUGUCCACCCUUGAGGUAGAGAAGCAGCGGAACGCGGCGCUCUUAGCUGAGCUGAAGCAGUAUGCAGAUAGCGACCCUGAGACGCUCAGAGUCCUGGAGGUGGAGACCAUCACAGCGCUUGAGGCCGCCAACCGGUGGACUGAUAAUAUCUUUACCAUCAAAUCCUGGUGCAAGAACAAGUUCUUUAUUGAGGAUGAUGUAAUCAAUAAGCAGUUUGGAAUACCAGAAGACCUUGACUAUGUUGCAAUCUGAUGAUUGAUGAAUGCACUUGAGGUACAUUGCAUAUCUAAUGAAUUUCUGUGAUAAUGAGCUGUGAAUUGGAGUAUUCUUAUGACUAUAUACACGUUUGUCAUUGGAUUUCAAGGUUGUCUGGCACAUUAGACGUUUAUUGUAUGAUGAAUAGGGACAUGGCAUUUUUUACGCUGGUUGCACAAAUAGCCAUUUUUUGUCAGUUUUCACGCAGUGAAAACUAAUAAAAAUUUUUCAUGUAAAUGGAAGAUAGAAUCAAAUUACCACAAAACCAUUAUAUAAGUACGUACCUAUUUGUUUUGAUGACUUGAUUUUUGAGAUUCAAAUUUUCUGUACAAGUGAUUCAUCCAAUCAAUUUAGACAUUACAUCACGAGUUUCUCCAUUGCUUCUAGUAAAAAAAUUAUUUUAAAAAUAUGAUGGUGGUUGAUAAAGCUUUUACAAUAUGUUAAAUAUUCUAGUUGGUUAGCUUGAAGCGUGCAAGUUUCUCUUCAUUCAACGUGAGCUGAUCAUGUGUGUUACACUGUCAAAUAUUUCCUUUUCAUGUACUAAUGUUCAGGAUGCAAUGCUGACUGCUCAAAUUUUUAAGAAGAAAAGAAAUCUCCAUUGAAACUGGAUUUAGAUGAAAUAUUGAUACAAAACUUUAUUUUUCUAUUGUUACGUAUAUGAAGUUUACUCGAUGUACCUGAUUCUUUACUGACAGCGAGCACUUUUUUGCAAAACGGUAUAUUAUUCAAGUUAUUGUAUUCUGCUCAGUUAACUGAUCAAGGGUAGGUUUUGUACUCAAGGGGUCGCAAUGAAUAUGACUAAGUUAAUACACUGCAGCUACUUUUGAUCAAAAUGUCUAUUCAUCACUUUAUGUUUGGAUUCACUCUAUUGAACUAGAAGUAUGCUUUGCGAUAACGCUACCGCUCGAUUUGUAUUGUGUUCAAUGUGUCAUUACAAGAGUAAAAAUUUAUACGGUUCA